CAUUGCCCUUGCACGGAGCGGAGCGCAGCGCCUGGACGGACGCCGCCGCCGCUACCACCAUGGGCCAGUGCGGCAUCACCUCCUCCAAGACCGUGCUGGUCUUCCUCAACCUCAUCUUCUGGGCAGCAGCAGGCAUCUUGUGCUAUGUGGGAGCCUAUGUCUUCAUCACUUACGAUGACUAUGAUCAUUUCUUUGAAGACGUGUACACACUCAUCCCUGCUGUUGUGAUUAUAGCCGUAGGAACUCUCCUUUUCAUUAUUGGACUAAUUGGAUGCUGUGCCACCAUCCGAGAAAGCCGCUGUGGACUUGCCACAUUUGUGAUCAUCCUGCUGUUGGUUUUUAUCACAGAGGUUGUCGUUGUGGUUUUGGGAUACGUUUAUAGAGCAAAGGUGGAAAGUGAAGUUGAUCGCCGCAUCCAGAAAGUGUACAAGACCUACAAUGGGACCUCUCCGGAUGCUGCCAGUCGGGCUAUUGAUUAUGUACAAAGACAACUGCACUGUUGUGGAAUUCACAAUUACUCAGACUGGGAGAAUACAGACUGGUUUAAAGAAGCAAAGAAUCAGAGCGUCCCCCUUAGCUGCUGCAGAACAUCGGCCAGCACCUGCAACGGGAGCCUGGCCCACCCUGCAGACCUCUACUCGGAGGGUUGCGAAGCCUUAGUUGUGAAGAAGCUCCAGGAUAUCAUGAUGUAUGUUAUUUGGGCGGCAUUGACGUUUGCUGCCAUUCAGCUGCUGGGCAUGCUCUGUGCUUGCAUCGUGCUGUGCCGGAGGAGCAGAGAUCCUGCCUACGAGCUGCUUAUCACCGGCGGAACCUACACCUAGAAGGCAGCGGCCCCUGAGCUCCUCAGUCUUGUUUCCCUUACCUGGAAGGUGGGUUAGGCAAGUCUCGGCAGUCACUCUGGGCUGGAGACUUCGCUGCAGCACACCUUGCACAAAGGAGAAACACCUCUCGUGGACACUGGUGACGGGCACAGAAACCGGGCUUUCCACAGACCUGCCAGCCCUCGAUGACCUUUCCCCCAUGCAGCCAUUUUUUAAAAAAUUAGGCUAAGAAGCAUUCUGAUUUCAGAAUCCUUGGCCAGGUUGGAACAGUAUGAUGGUCUUUAAAGGGGCAUCCCCUCUGAUUCUGAAAGCUUGACUGGGUGCGCCUGCUGGAGGCUGAGGCUACAUGAAGGGCCCCGAGUGCUGCCUUUCACCAGUGUCCAUUUUUAAAACGUGUAUAUUGUAGUCCAGUAUGAUUGGAAUUGUACAAAAUGACUCAAAACUGUAGAAUCCUAUGGCGUCUCUCUUAGAUCCUCUCCAUUUGAAGGCAUCUUCCAAACUUUAGUGUUUUUUAAAUAAAAGCUGGCUUUUCAGGAGUAUAAUGUAUGCACUACUGUUCUAUAAUGAUAUGUGUGUGGUUUUUUUAUGAGUAGGAUUUAAAUUUGGAAAUAAUGUACCCAUGUAGACUAGUGAGAUAGUAUGUAAAAGUGAUCUCAGUUGUACAUAGUAAAUCAGACUAAAUAAAGGCUGUAUAUCCUCCCUCCAGAA